AGUGGGGUUGGGUGGCAGGAAACAGAGGUGGUGGGGGCAGUGGGGCAGUGUCCUGGGCGCUGUCUGUCCCCAUCCUGCUCCGGGCCUUCCAGUAUCCCACCAUCAUGGGUAGUGCCUACCACUGGGAGGCCAGGCGUAGGCAGAUGGCUUUGGAUCGAAGGAGGUGGCUGAUGGCCCAGCAUCAGGAGCAGCAGCAACAGCAGGAACAGAACAAACUCCAAGAGGAGGAAGACCAGCUGGAGAAAAUCACCCAGCCACCCCAGCAGACGAAGGAGCCACAUCCGGCACCGGCAAAAGCACAAACACCGGAGCAGCAGCCAAAGUUCCCAGCUCCACAGCCGCCACGGGCGCAGCCACAGCUAAUACCGCCCCCGCCGCCGCCGCCGCCGCCCCCGCCGCCGCCGCCACAGCCACCACAGCCGCCACAGCCGCCACCCCAGCCGCCACUGCAGCCGAUGCAACAAAAUGCUCAAACCUGUUUUCCUCCGGGGCCCCCCAAGUGCAAUCUCCAGGAUUCCCAGAUGCCAGGUCUCAGAGCCCCGUACGAAACUGGCCCUACCACAAACACUGGGUAUUCACGACUCAAGUCUACGAAUUAUCUGCAGCAAUGGUGAUCCAGAGAUCGAACCUAAGACCCCACCAGCCAUCGUGAAAAAGCAGAUGACCAACCCCACCUCCUUACCACCCAGCAAUAUCUCCACUCCAAAAGCCAUCCACUCUGGAAGAGGGAGCUAGCUGGGGAUAAAGUGUGAUUUCUUCCUGGAAAGAAUCAA